AUGGACUCAUCAGGGUCAGUCACCUCAAAUGCGCUGGUACGCAAGCGGACAGAUACAGACUUGAUGCCCCCGCCUCCUCAAGCCAAAAAGAUAAAACGACCCAAGAAGGUACUUGACGAAGACACCUACACAGAAGCACUGUCGCAAAUCAUCGCCCGGGACUUCUUUCCAGGACUCCUUCAAACUGAGAUACAGCAAGAGUAUCUAGAUGCACUGGAGUCAAAGGAUGCUGCUUGGAUCUCAAGUGCGGGCCGAAGACUCCAGCAUGUUAUGACGCCAGGACGCCGAAAUGCACCUCUCUCGUCACAGCCGAAUUCCUUCACUUCUGGUGACAGGACACCUUCAACAUAUGGCGGUGAUACGCCAGCUUCAGUUACCUCUCAUGUUCCGGAUACUCAACCACGGCUAGGAGCCAACAUGAGCCUAACAAAAUUUCAAGAUACUUACACAAGUGAGGAUAAUGAAAGCUUUUACAAGCUCGUCGACAAACAGAAUCAGAAAAAGGCGGACAAAUAUGCCUGGCUUUGGCGCGGUAACAAACUGCCGUCAAAGCAAAUGAUCAAACAGAAAGAGGUUGAGGAUCGACUGAGCCAAACCCGAAGCCUCAUAGAUGACGGAUUCAAGAAGGAUUUGUUGGCCAUCAAGGACAAAGACGACCGACCAGCUCGCCCUGAUUCCUGGAAUGCCAACCCUCGAAACAGUUUGAUGUUUAGACCUGACGGGUUAGACGAUGGUGUCCUCACCGUUUCUCAGAAGGCCGAAGAAUCCUCAAGGAUGGCUCCAAAGUCAAUAGUUUACGAGAACACGAGAAUGCCACAACCGCGCAUUACACCAAGACCGUCAUCUCCAACCAUGUCAGCGGUGCGAGACGCCAUUGCCGGCAAGCCUCGGAAAGAUGACCGAGACUCUAGCAUCGUUAGCGGAAACGAGACACCAAGAGUUAAUGGAUAUGCUUUUGUGGACGACGAGGAUGAUGAAGAGGAGCCAGUCCUUCCUGCUCCUAUCAUCAACCUAGGCCCGGGAGAUGCAGCUCCAAACCCUUUCCGCUUGCAAGAGCAACGCGACAGAGAAAGUCUACACGAACGCAUGGUGGAGAGGAUAUCUCAGUCGAAGAAGGAAUCUUCAAGGAAUGGACUUACAGGGAGAGUUGACAAGACGCCGGUUCCAAAAUUUCCUAGUAGUCCUCGGGUCAAUGGUGGACUUACACCUGCAGCACAAAGGCUUUGGAGUAAGCUCUCAGACAAGGUCAUUUACAAGGAACCCGACCUUGGAACGACCAACCCACCAAACCGAGCUGGCAGCCAACGCCAGCAAGCCAGACAAUAUCAAUCACCUCCAUUCAAUGUGCUUCUGGCCCAAGUAGGCCGCCUAAGCCCGAUGAGGUUCGUCGACUUCGCCAUCGACCUUGCGGCAGUGCUCAAUGCCUCUCGGGGUGUCGCCGCUAAGCAUGUCGCGCUCCGAGGUCGUCAGAUCGAUACCUACAGUCGAACUUCGAGCGUUGCCGCGGCAUUGAGGAAGCGAAAUGCUCAAAGGGGCUCACCGCCGGGAGAGAAAGCACAAAAUGCUACGGCGGCAAGCGAUGAGGUCGUAUACGAGCAAGCUGCACCGGCAGCACGAGAGACGAAACCUAUAGUCGAGACUCCGAAACAAAAUGCUCCGCCUGAUGUGACGAGAGCAGAAAGAGCACCCUUCAGUAGUCCGAUACCAAGUUUCAGGCCGAGCCUACAGCAACAGGCUACAUCGGAACCGGCGAAAGAGGAUGACCUUGAUCUACCGCCUGGAAUCGACGUCAAUAUUUUCCAUACCGCGAGAGGUUCCAAAGUCCUCGACUCUCUACGAAAGCAAGGUCGGCCUGGAGCACCUCCUGCACGCCCCGGAGUUGGGGGUCCUGUGAAGCCACAUCCCAUGCGAGACUGGCCUCCGCGCCCACCACCCCUCGAAGAGAGCUAUGAAGAGGAGACCGUAAAACCUCAAGAGCCAGUAUUCAAGCCAGUGGAGCCCGUAGAGCCUGUAGAGCCAGCCAAGAAAGAGCCCCUUGUUGAGAAGUUUGUGCAGAAGGAACAGUUGGAGGAGAAGCCCAUUGAGAAGAAACCGGUGGAGGAAAGCUCCGUGUCUGAACCAGAAAAGGCCACUCCGUUAGCCCCUACAACCGACAAAAAGAUCGACGGGGGUGUCAUUCAAGCUGCCAGAGAGGUUGCUGGGGAGACAAUAACGCCCUCAGAGACACCCUAUGCUUUACGAGAAUCCAAGGUCCCAUCGUCUCGUAUCAGCCGAAUUUGGAACUAUAGUGGUCUUGCAGCAGGUAUGUUGGGAGGCGCCAUGACCGAAGGCUUCAGCCGAGCCUUUGGCGGUGGUGGCGAGGGAUCUGUCCUCCUGAGCGAGAAGAACAUGGAGCGUUUGGUUGCAAAGCUCUCGCGAAUGCGUGGUGCUGCUUUGAAGCUUGGCCAGAUGAUGAGUUUCCAGGACACCAAGAUGCUCCCUGCGCCCAUUCAACAGGUGCUCCAGCGUGUCCAGGAUCGCGCUGAUUACAUGCCUGCCUGGCAGCGCGAUCGCGUGUUAGUAGCAAACCUCGGUCCUGAGUGGAGAGAGCUCUUCAGCAAUUUCGAGGAGAAGCCUAUCGCUGCUGCUUCUAUCGGACAGGUUCACAAGGCCAUAUUAAAGAACGGCAAACGAGUCGCUGUCAAGAUCCAGUUCCCUGGUGUCGCUGACUCGAUCAACUCGGAUCUCGACAACCUGAGCAUUCUCCUCACAGCUACCAAGCUACUCCCUAAGGGUUUGUACCUCAACAAAACCAUCGACAAUGCGCGAUUGGAGCUUGGUUGGGAAUGCGACUAUGAGCGAGAGCUUCAGUGCGCUCAACGCUAUAGGGAGCUUCUCGGAUCAAGCGAGAAGGAUGUUUUUAUGGUGCCAAAUGUUUAUCCCGAGGCAUCGGGUAAGCAAGUACUGACCAUGGACUUCAUGGACGGUAUCGGCGUGACUCGCAUCACCUCUUUUACCCAGGAGCAACGCGACUGGAUCGGCACCCAGAUUCUUCGACUCUGUCUCCGUGAGAUCACAGAGUUUCGCUUUAUGCAGACGGAUCCAAACUGGACAAACUUUCUCUACAACGCGGAUGUCAACAAGCUCGAGCUGCUCGACUUUGGCGCAUCUCGUGAAUAUCCUGAUGAGUUUGUCACACAAUAUGUGCAGCUUCUCGCUGCGGCCUCUCGAUCCGACAAGGCCGCUGUCAAGGAGUUGUCAGAGAGCUUGGGUUACCUGACAGGUCAUGAGAGUCGCACCAUGGUUGAAGCACACACAAAGUCUGUUCUUACACUUGCGGAGCCUUUCCUUGCCAACGCACCCGAUAUUUACGACUUCAAAGACCAGACCAUCACAGAGCGUGUCAAGGCUCUCAUCCCUGUCAUGCUCCACGAGCGACUCGCACCUCCACCAGAAGAGACAUACAGUCUGCACCGAAAGCUCAGCGGUGCGUUCCUCCUGUGUGCCAAAUUGGGUAGCAAGGUCCCUUGCAAGUCCAUGUUUGAGGAUGCGCUUGCCAAGGGGGGAUAUAUAAGUUAUGCCGCUAUCGCAAGCUUCUACCCCGCGCGAACACAUAAACUGAAGGCCCACCUCGAUCUCUUCAUACUAGUCAUCAACCUUCACUUCCCUCGAAAGCAAUUCCCUGGACAUCUUCAGUUCAAGAUGGCGGACCUGAUCACUUUGGCGACAUGUUCUCUCAAUCAGUGGGUGUUGGAUUGGGAGGGUAACUUGAAGAGAAUUCGCAAGAGUAUCAUUCUCGCCAAGGAAGCUGGAGCUACGCUUAGAACGGGCCCUGAGCUCGAGAUUACAGGCUAUGGUUGUCUCGACCAUUUCCUUGAGGCUGAUGUUUACGAGCAUUCCUUGGAGUCACUCCUCGCAAUCUUGACUGACACCGAACUCCAUGGCAUUCUCAUCGACGUUGGUCUUCCUCUCAUGCACAGAGGCUGUCGAUACAACUGCCGUGCUAUUAUCUUGGAUGGGAAACUGCUCUGCCUUCGCCCCAAAAUCUAUCUUGCCAACGAUGGAAACUUCAGGGAGAACCGAUUCUUCACUCCUUGGAACAGGCCGAGAUAUGUUGAGAAGUUCAAUCUUCCUCCUGCUCUUCAGAAGCACCAGGGCGUUCGACAAGUUCCCAUCGGUGAUGUUGUUCUGUCCCUCAAUGAUACAACUGUCGCCGCCGAGACAUGCGAGGAGCUCUUUACCCCCCAGGCACCUCACAUUAACAUGGCUCUGAACGGCGUGGAAAUCUUCACCAACUCCUCCGGCUCUCAUCACACACUAAGAAAGCUUGAUGAGCGUAUUGCUCUAAUUUCUGAAGCCACUCGCAAGAGUGGUGGUGUAUACCUUUAUGCAAAUCAGUCUGGCUCUGAUGGAGACAGGCUUCUCUACGAUGGUGCAUCUCUCAUCAUGGUCAAUGGCUCGAUCGUGGCUCAAGGCUCCCAGUUCAGCUUGGACGAUGUCGAAGUUGUUACCGCGACGGUUGAUCUCGAGGAAGUCCGCGCUUAUAGAUUCGCACCAUCUCGCAACUUUCAGGCUGUGCAAGCACCUGUGUAUGAGAGAAUCGAGGUUGAUUUCAGCCUGGGCCAUGAGGACCUUGACCUCCUUCGUACCCCUACAGCUCCUCAACCAGCCCGUUAUCAUGUCCCUGAGGAAGAAAUUGCUCUUGGCCCAGCUUGCUGGCUUUGGGAUUACCUCCGUAGAAGCAGGGCAUCUGGUUAUUUGGUCCCCCUCUCAGGAGGUAUCGACUCCUGUGCAACCGCUACCAUUGUAUUCAGCAUGUGCAGACUCGUCGUUGAGGCUAUCAAGGCUGGUAACGAGGAGGUCAUCGAAGACGUCAAGAGAAUUGCUGUGUUUUCGGAGAAGCUCCCCGAAACCCCCGAGGAGUUCUGCAACCAGAUCUUCCACACGGUGUACAUGGGUAUGGAGAAGCAGAGCAGCAAGGAAACUCGACAGCGUGCCAAGGAUCUUGCCGAGCGUAUCGGUAGUUACCACACUGACAUGAACAUUGACGAUACCUUCCACGCUACCAAGAACUUGCUCACUCAAGGCACGGGGUUCGAGCCUAAAUUCAAGGUUCAUGGUGGAUCAGCGACUGAAAACUUGGCCCUUCAGAAUAUCCAGGCACGCAGCCGCAUGGUCAUCGCCUAUUACUACGCUCAGAUGCUACCAACAGUUCGGCAGCGACCAGGAGGAGGCAGCCUGCUUGUUCUAGGAUCCAGCAACGUUGACGAAUGUCUCCGAGGAUACCUCACCAAGUACGAUUGUUCUUCCGCCGAUCUCAACCCUAUCGGUGCUAUUAGCAAAAGGGAUCUCAAGAGUUUUAUUUCAUGGGCGGCCAAGAACUUCGACAUGCCGAUUUUGGAAGAGUUCAUUCAUGCUACACCCACGGCUGAGCUAGAGCCUAUCACUGAAAAUUAUGUUCAGUCAGACGAGGUUGAUAUGGGCAUGACCUAUGACGAAUUAGCUCGUUUUGGACGACUACGUAAAGAGAGCAAGUUAGGGCCCUACGGCAUGUUCCUACGACUUGUCGAAGAAUGGGGCGGAGAGGGCAAACUGACUCCACGAGAAAUCGCCACCAAGGUGAAGCGUUUCUACCACUUCCAUUAUAUCAACCGUCACAAACAAGCUGUGGCAACCCCAGCUGUUCAUGUGGAAAAUUACUCGCCCGACGACCACAGAUUUGACCUUCGUCCUUUGUUCUACCCACCUGCCUUCCAAGGCUGGUCCUUCCAGAAGAUUGAUAAGCGGGUUGACGCUCUGGAAAAGGUUCUGGAGAAGAAGAAGGCUGCAAGUGCCUCCACAUAG